AAAAGAGAAUUCUAGUGCUUUUCAUUUUAAAAAUUAAGUUCUGCAAGAGACAUACAGUACUUUGAUUAUUUACAGAAGAAAGAGUUGAAUUCAACAUGACCAACAUGGGCAGUAAUGGGCAUGAUAUGGUAUAUGCUAUUUUUCACAAUUCCAGCUCAAUAAGGCUUCAUUGCAAGCUUGGUGGUUAUAUCUCACAUUUUGGAAAUUUUCAUAGGAUUACAUUGUGGGAAUUAUUUUUAUCUUGCCCCUUCACUUACAAUGAAUAGACCAAAAAGUAGUUCCAGCCUCUUGGUGGAAUGAUUUUGAGGUUUGUUAUCUUCCUCUAUAGCAUCAGUGGUCACCAUGGAGACUAAUAUGGCCAGCAGAGAAUGAAGGCUCUGAAAGCUGCUUGCCUGCUGCUCAUUUCUUUUGUUGACUGAGAGAAUAAGCUGGUGAAACCUUGGAGCUCUGAGAAGUAGUACAGAGGGAAUGUAGUGCUGGUCUCAGGAUUAAGCUGUUGUUAGUAAUUAUACACUAAUCUGGAGUGAGUGUGAAUAUUCUGCUGUGAACUAUCCUGCAGUAGGAGAAAUAAUACUCAGUAAUUUCAGUACAGUGGCCCUGUAAAAGCAGUGAAAAUCCAAAAUCAUCUGAAGAUGGAAUUAGGCCCUCCAGAUGUAAUGGAACGCAAAGGAGCGCUGACUUUGCGCUCCAAUUCAGCAUAUUAUGGGAGACCCACUCUUGUGUAUCGCUGGUUUUACAAGAGAGAGACUGAACCCAAGGAUUAUGAUAUACAUGAAAUUAAUUUGGGUUCUAAAAACUUAUGCCGGUCUACUUACUGGAGACUUGGAACCAUGGAUCAAAAAUGGAUAACAACGUAUCAAGAUCAUCUGUCUUCUCCCUGUACCAAAAAAGAAUAUAGGGAACUAGAGAUUUGGAAACCUAUGCUGGAUGAAGAUGGUUUUCACACAAUUGUUGUUGAUAGGGAGACAGGACUACCUGAAACAGGUUUUGGUGCUGUAUUGCCAUGUCACCCUCCAGAGAAGUUUAAAAUGUUUCUGGAUACAACAUACCGAAUAGACUAUGUUCCACCAUAUGACUUUGCACCAUAUGUUGUACCUGAUAUAGGUGGAUACUCUGUAGUACACAGAAAAUGUCAUUCGCAGUUUACUGAUACAGCAGAUUACAGAAGACAUGGGAUCAACACGUGGCAAGAUGAAAGUGGAGUAUAUGCUAAUGAAGAUCUAAAGCAGAAAGUAUUUCCUGUUACUAAUCCUAUACCAAUAAAUGUGGAAGAAGCUAAUUCUUAAGCAUUAGUAGUGACUCUACAAAAUUAAAGUGUAUUCAUAUAUAUUAAUUUUUGUUAACAGAAUUAAUCGUUUAAAUAGCACUGCAGCUUUUAUAAUAUUUAGUCUGAGCACCAAUCUGUAAGUUUGUACAGAGGAAUCUUAAAUUGGAACUGUAUUACUUUUCCCUGCUACUUGAUUUUAAAAAUACUCCAAAUACCAACAACUGAACACUUCUCUAUAACUGGUACCAAGGAUGAGAUAUGGGACUUUUCAGCGUAUGUCUCAGAGCAAUAGUUCUUUCCUAUUUUCUUUGCAAGGAUAUAAACAGUUUUAUUUUCAGCAUAAGUAUUUGCAGUCUUCUCUGACAGCUGCUCUGACAUUACAGUAAUUACACAGUUGAAAAAGUUGCAUCAAUUAUUUGCAAAAGUGAGCCUGGGAAUGCACAGGCUUACUUUUCAGGCUUGCAGUGCCUGAAAGAGCCUAAGUACUAAUCAGCUGACUCAGAAAUAAAAGCUUAAGCAAAGACUAUAUUACAACGGAUCUCAAGAAAGCAUUGUAAUUCCUUCUGAAAGAUUCCUUUUGAAGUUGAUCCAAAGUCUAUUAAUGAAACAUUUAAUUGUUUUAGCCUUCUUAAAUAAAUUAAUGUGAUGCUA